AUGAAAGUAUCGAUCAAAGUAUCUCUAGAUCGCUGGGAGAAAACACUGUUAACCGACUUCCAAAAGACUUUUCUGGAAGAUGGCGGGCAGCCGAAGCCCAGUUCAGCAGCCGAUGAUGAGCUAUCCAAGAUUUUCGACAAUUGGUGCUGGGUCAACAAGUUGCGUGAAGAUUUAGGGGAGAGGCUCAAAAGUAAUCCCAGGAGGCUUCGCCUGGACUCCGAAGCCGUGUGGGUACUUGUGUGUCGGUGGAUGUCUCGCUGGGAAACCGGCCAAGCGUGCCACUCUCGCCUGUCUCAAUUGCAUCGGGACAACCCAAACCUCGAGGCGCAAUUAACACACGCAAAAUUCGAUCCUUGCAUCGCCGAGAGCGCGAUCAUCCGACCGGCCAAGGACCAGAAAUUCUGGAUUAUUGCCUCUCGCGCCAUGCACUGCCUUCGACCCGCCUGGCGCGGCUUGUCGGACGGAGAGUCAUUGCCAGACAGGUGCCGACGGUACACUAUCCACAACGGCUCAGCUGCAGAUCCUCGAGAGUUGUUGCUUACAACCAUGGGACUCAACAUAGUCCUUGGCGGCAGCAACGACCCUUGGGUCGCCGCUCCGGAGGCGGAGCUCACCACAUCGGCUCCGAACCCUCACGAUGAGUUGAACGUUGGUGCUGAGCCCGUCUCCGAUAUUAAGACGCUGGCUGAGAGACCUGGAACUAUGGCUCACGAUGGCCAUGGCCGUAUCGGAGGGGGCAGCAACGAUACCGCCGAGGCCUCCUCUUCCUACUCUGCGUUCUUCGAGACAGUGCAGCCCAUGGUGAUUCCUCACCAUCAACAUCAACCUAUGUCCCACAGCCGCUCCGAUACCAAGAUGGCCAGGGCCACACUGAAGUCCAAACUCGUCAUCGGCAAUGAUGCCUCAACUCCCGAUAUGGCUCUCGAGAGACUCCUGAGGGUGCUGUCCUCGAACCCCUUACCCCCCUACGACGAGCUCGGAUCGCCGACAGAAGGUGCCGUGCAUGAGGCAGCGCCAGGUUCUGACGACACCAGCAAAAUCUCGGCACGCACCUACCGAGUUUUUCAGAUAUGGAGCCUGACGAGAAUGGCAGCUAUGGAAUGUAGGCGACAAAUACGCCAUGCUACUGCGGCAGACCACGAGGAGUUAUAUUUGUCGUUCACAUUUCCCACUACUUGGGAGGACCCUGGCAUGUGGCUCGAGUUUAUCCCCUUCCGUGAGAUGGCCUACUCUGGCAUCGUCGCUCCCGGCUCUGAGCUCCUGUGGAACACCGACAGACAGCUCCUCCUGGACCACCACCUCUUUACUGAGGAAGAGGUCUUCAAAUACUGCGUUGAGAAUAGCUUUGAGUUUCCCGGGUAUAAAAAGGAGGACUCGGUCGUCUUCAUUGCAUCCGAGCUUUCUGGGAUAUACGGCCAGCUCGAAUUAGAGUCUCUUUGGAACGACUGUGCCGUGACGGCUGACCCGGAUAACGGGACAUGGUAUCUCCUCGAGACGAUUCCCGGAAGGAAGUUCCGAAAUCUUGCGUCAGAGUUCGGAAUCAAUGCAGCCCGGGCACAUUUCAGACGGAUAGUUGACCAGAAACGCCACGGACAAACUCUCCAGCUAGCAGAUAUUCUCCAAGGUACGUACAACUCUGCGAACGCAGAGUGGCUGGAAAGGUAUUGCGGCCUCGUGGACGCCAUCAACUUCGCCGAUAUAAGCUUGGAAGCGACAACCCCACUGGGCGGUCGGAAUCUCGACGUAUAUCGCGCCACGUGGACCUGUCCUGGCAAAAUCGACAUAUCGAUGUCGCCCAAGAAGUUCGAGGUGGUCCUGAAGAGGAUAUGGCCACCAAAGCAAAAGACAUUGGAAUCAAGAUCUGAGCAGGCGCUAUUUCGAGAGUUAGAACUCUCACUUCUAGUUUCGCUCAAGGGGACAUCCUGCCUGAGCGUUCUCCACGGCCUCACUAGAGUGCCUUCGGAUCACCCCUUGUCUAAGCAUUCUGCUGAUGGGCAAGAUAGCGUCUAUCUUGUGAUCGAAUACGCUAAACACGGUCUGGAGCAGUACUUGAGUUCUCCUUCCAAUUUGCCCCGGAAAUCCACAACUAUGCACCCCAACCCCCCUAUCCUCAUUUUAGCUUAUGACUGGACUAACGACCUAUGGCACUCGCCCACGGGCAGCGACAUCCACAUGGAAAACGUUAUGAUAAGAGAAGAGACGUAUUUUCAAAGCCCCACCGUGUUAUCGAGCGAUCAAUUGGUGAUCAUCGAUCUCGGUGACAGUCGAACGCUUGAGACGUUGUCCCAAUCGAGUAACAUGUACGGCAACGCUAACUUUCGCGCCCCCGAAGUUAAGUCGAAGUCGGGCCGCUACAUGAGCAAAGAAUCCGACAUGUACGCCAUCGGCCGCGUCAUGGCCGAGGUGCUGGAAAUGGGGUGCGACCUGAUCGCAAAGGAUUCGCUCGUGCCGGCACCUCUUGUGCAUGCCGCAAAGGCCUGCCUGCGAAAGGAUGCAAAGAAGAGAGAUACGGCAGGAGAACUGGUCAAGAGACUUGACAUGAUUGGCUCGGCGGCGUUCAAGCUACUGGGAUCUGGUCAUGGGGUGAUCCAUUUUGCGGAGGCGGAAUUGGUGACAAUUGAUGGAUGGGGCGAUGAGGACGAGGACGAAGAUGAUGACAGCGAUGACAGCGAUGACGGCGACGACAGUGAUAACAGCGAUGAAGGCGAUGAUACUGAUGACGAAAACAACUAG